AUGGAUACUUACACUUGUAUCGUCGUGAGCCUCUGCAUCGCCUUGUUUGCUAUCAAUCUAGUGUUUUCUUGUUUCACUUGCUUCUCCGUUCUUCAUAGCUGCGUGACAGAUGCAAACAAGGAUUUGAAUGACCUCAGGAAGAAUCUUAUUGAACGGGAAGAAGGUAAACCAGAUGAUGAUGAGGUGAUAAUCAUUGCAGUCCCAAGAAACAAAGGAUUAGCCGACUCCAUGGAUGGUGAUGAUUGUGGUGGCCAAGAUUGCUCCCAGGAUAUUUGUACUUGUUGAAGAAAGUUUGGUUUCUAUUUUCAUUACACAAUACUUAAAAUCAUGUUUUGCAAUUUUUCUUUGAUCAUUCAUACUUGUGAAUGGUUCAAUACCAAGGUUGAGACGUGAGAGUAGGAGCAUCACAUCCAUAGAAAUAUCCUGAAUAUUUUCAUUCUUUCAUUGUGUAUGAGUGUAUCAUGAGAGAAAUAGUCUCAAAUUAUGUAUGUAUUAUAGUCUCAAAUUCACCAUGUUUGAUACAUGGCUCUGUAAUGAAAUUUGUUUUCUUGAUGUUA